AUGACAAAAUCUCUCACGUUGUUCAGAGGCUCACCUGCAAUAAACACAUAUGUCUGGUCCCCGUUUGUCACAAAACUUGAGGCGAGACUACGGUUUGAAGAUGUGUCCUACAAGCUCGCAGUCGGGUCACCAAAGUCAGCUCCUGGAGGCAAGAUCCCGUACAUACAACUAAACGGCGACGAGAAACUCGGUGACUCUACACUCAUCGUUAAGCAACUGGUCGCCAAUGACCUCCUAUCCGACCUCAAUGCCAAGCUGUCCCCGACGGAGAGGGCACAAGAUCUAGCCAUCCGUGCUCUACUGGAAGAGAAGCUUUACUUUUACACUGUCAGAGAAAAGUGGGAGGACAACUAUGUGACAAUGCGAGAUGGUGCUCUUGCCGCCGUUCCCUGGCCUAUCCGGAUCGUGGUUGGCUGGAUAGCUCAAAGCACCCUCUUGAGGACUCUUUAUGGCCAGGGCUCGGGGAGGCUAGACGACCAGGAAAUUUCGCUGCUGCGAGGCGAGGUUUGGGACGCCGUGGAUGGGCUACUCCUUGAAGCCAGACAGAAGUCAUCCGGGGCGGGAAAGGAACCAUUUUGGUUUCUCGGGGGGGCGUUGCCAACGGAGGCAGAUGCGAGUCUUUACGGGUUCAUCGCUGCGUCAUUGGUUUGCACUGCUUGCCCCGUCAGCACAGAUAUCGUCAAGAGUUAUCCGGUUCUAAUGGACUAUGUGGGGAGGAUCCACGAUGCAUACUUCCCUGACUACGAGCGGUGGGAUUAA